CUACCCGGUCAUCCUCUCCAUAGAGAACCACUGCAGCGUUCCCCAGCAGAAGAAGAUGGCACAGUACCUGAUUGAGAUCCUGGGGGACAAACUGGACGUGUCCAACAUCAAAGCCGAGGAGUCUGGACGCCUGCCGUCUCCAGAAACACUCAGGGGCAAAAUCCUCGUCAAGGGGAAGAAACUGCCCCCCAACAUCGACGAGGACGCUGAGGAGGGAGACGUGUCGGACGAGGACAGUGCUGAUGAGAUGGAGGACGACUGCAAGCUGAUGAACGGAGAUGAGGAAGCCUCGUUGAGCUGCGAGUGUCACUCUGUUACGGAUUGGGAGUGGCUAGGAAAGAAGAAGACCAUGAAGUUGUCCCGGGCUCUGUCUGAUCUGGUGAAGUACACGUGCUCCGUGGGUCUCUACGACAUCGAGGCACAACCCUCCUGUAGCUGGCAGGUGUCGUCGCUCAGUGAGACCAAAGCCCACCAGGUGAUGCAGCAGAAAGCCACCUCCUUCAUCCACUUCAACCAGAGGCAGCUGUCCCGCAUCUACCCCUCCUCGUACCGCGUGGACUCCUCCAACUUCAACCCCCAGCCCUUCUGGAGCGCUGGCUGCCAGCUGGUCGCUCUCAACUACCAAUCAGAGGGCCGCGUCCUGCAGCUCAACAGAGCCAAGUUCUACAGCAACGGGAACUGUGGCUACAUCCUGAAGCCCGCCUGCAUGUGUGAAGGGACCUUCAACCCCAACCUGGAGGAGCCUCUACCAGAUCAGAUGAAGAAGCAGCUGGUGCUGAAGAUCAUCAGCGGACAGCAGCUGCCCAAACCCAAAGACUCUAUGCUGGGGGACCGGGGAGAGAUCAUUGAUCCCUUCGUGGAGGUGGAGAUCAUCGGCCUGCCGGUGGACUGCUGCAAGGAGCAGACCAGAGUGGUGGAUGAUAACGGCUUCAACCCGAUGUGGGAGGAGACGAUCGUGUUCACCGUCCACAUGCCGGAGCUCGCCCUGGUGCGUUUCCUCGUGUGGGAUCAUGACCCCAUCGGCCAGGACUUCAUCGGCCAGCGCACCAUCGCCUUCAACAGCAUGAUUCCAGGUUAUCGCCAUGUGUACUUGGAAGGUAUGGAGGAGGCUUCCAUCUUUGUUCACGUAGCUGUGAAUGACAUCACUGGUAAGGCCAGAGCAGCCACCGGUAUAAAAGGACUGUUUCACAGAAACCCAAAGCAGGCUUCCCUGGACAGCCAUGCUGCUGCUCAGCACAGCCGUAAGCACCCGUUCGGGGCCCACCUCCUGCGCCGCACCGCCAGCGCACCCACCAAAGGCCAGCCCAAAGUCAAGAAGGGCUUCCCGGAGAUCGCCAUCGACACCAAAGACUACAGUUCAGAGGGUGCUAGUGGAGACCGGGAGUCUGAGGACAGAGACAAGGCCUCUGCCGACGCCUCUCACCAGCCCACACCCCCACAGAACAGGGAAUCUCUGGCAUCCCACCCAGCCAAGGGCCCCUGGGAGCGUCCUGACACCAACGGGGCUUUCCACCCAGAAAAGGGUAAAGAUUGUUCCACAGUGCAGAAACCAGCUCUUCUUUCACUACACUCUGACGCAGCCAGAACUACUCGAGUCAUCCGUUUUGUCUCCACUCCAGAAGACAGCCUGUCUUCGCAUCACUCCUCAUCCUCUUCACUGCAAUCCACAGCAAUAAACGCAGACCACCUAUUGGCCGCUCCUUCUAACGGUGCGGUAUACUCUCCUACCAGGGUGAGCGGAGACCCUAAGAAACCAACUACUAAUUCCAGAACCACGUUGCUCCCUCUGACUCCUGAGAAGACUGAACCAUCACAAGUCGUUCCGAACAACAGAGGCGCUGAUUCUCUCAUGGAGCGCUCACCAAACCAGAAAGAAAACCUGACAGAAAAGAAACGUGAAGCAGCGGAGGUGAAGUCUGACCACAGGGUGAAGCCUGCCGCUGUAACAGAACCUCCACGACCCCCCGCGCCUGAGAAAGCCCCAGCCAGGAGAGCCCUCUUUAGCUCCAUGCCAUCCCACUCUCCGGUAAGAAGAACCAAAAGUGAGGGCCAUGUCCUGGUAGCUGUAGCCUCCACGGAGCAGUCGGCAGUACCACAGGUCUUCACCGACGCCACCAUGAACGACCGCCUGUGGAGCAAGUUGGACCCGGCCAGUCACCGAGACAGCAUGUCCUCCUCCUCCAGCAUCUCCUCCAGCGACACAGUCAUCGACCUUUCCCUGCCUAACCUGGCCAGGAAGACCCUCAGCAGCCCCCCCACAGCCAGCAGCCCCUGUGACCCAAACUGGAUCAACUACCGCCACUCAGCGCUGGUCUCCUACGAUACUCCGCAAGUCAGCAAGAGCAAGUCCAACCCCAAUCUCCAGCAAAGCGAGUGCCCGAGAGAUGAGCUUAAGCCCCGCCCCCUUCAGCCCCCCGAGCAGGCUUCUGUGGACUCUCCGAACAGACUGACCCAGAGGAGGCACACCUGGAGCCGGCUCUACAUGGAGGGGCUCAAGCAGUCAUCCCCCAGCAGGCCGUCCCCUCCGGCUAAAACCCACAUAGCUACAGCUUCCAUGUCCAAAAGCCUCGGGGAUCUGACCUCCGAUGACAUUUCCUGUAACUUUGACAGUAAGUACCGCAGUAUCAGCCGUAGCUUCAUCGUCAGUCCCCUCAGAGACCAGUUCCGCAGGGGGAGUCCGCAGAAGUCCCGGCCUACCAGCCACCUCACAGAGCAGCUCCGGAAGCUGACGGAUGUGGAGCCCCUGACCGCUAGCGACUUUAACUCAGAAACCAGACCCAGAGAGUCACAGGAGAACUUUGUGGAUGAGACCCUGAUGAGAAGGACCUCCUCCAGGAGCCAAAGCAGGGUGCGCUAUAUCGCAAACAGGGCCAAGAAGGCCCAGGAGCGGCAGAGGCUCCAGGGCCUGGCCCAGGGCAGGAGUGCCAGCUUCAACCUGGGCUGUGGAAGUCUCACUAACCCCAUCGAGGAGCGGGGGAACCCUGAAGGCGCGUGUUGCGUGGCCCAAAGUCCCUGCACCAGCCUGGACCUGCUGAGUCAGCUCGCCCCCCUCAGAACCCCGUUCCCUAGACAGCCCCAGUCCCCCCCAGAGAGCAGUGAAGUCUUUUUUAGGCUCAAACUCUAAGAACUGGCUGACUUUGAACUGAGUGUGAGAGACACAGCGAGAGACUUGUUUGCAAUACAGUCCAGAUUAUUUUUUAAGUUGCAUAUCUUGCAGAAAUCUCACAUAAUGAUUUCAAAUUCUCACAGCGCUCCUCUGACUGAGAAAUCACUUCUACAUCCUGAGGUUGUGUAAGAUAAUUAUUUUUAACCAUUGAGAAAAUAUUGUCUUGAAGCUGAAGGACAGCACCAAACGUUAGAUAAUUGCCACAACGUAUUUAGUUGAAGAGUUUUUAUAAAGCGGUUUAUGACGACUGUGAUCUACUCUCAUGUUUGAUUUUAGUUUUUUUAACUUCACUUGCACAUACAGUAGCAAUACAUCACUUGACAGGUUAGCAAAGAACACAUUCUGCUUAUGUACUUGAAAUGUAAUGAUGUACUUAACAUGUCGAAACGUUAGUAUCAGCACAUCCAUCCACUAGCAAUAUUUAGAAAAGGAUGGCAUGGUGUUAUGUAACAUUUUGUUUUAAAGUUUUAAUCAGCGAGGCUUGUCCCAUGUCUUUGCUGAAGAAAAUGGAAUUUCUACUACAAUGCAGGAUGAAAUGUCUUAAUUUUAGUAUUUUUUUGUGUAGUUUUUCCAUUGUAAUCUGACCAAACUGACAAUAUUUUGCUACCCUUUCCGAUAUGUGGCAUGUCACAGCACUGAGAUCAUGUACUUUUAAACCAUGGGAGACUACUGCAUACAGAGUUUAGUCCUUUUUUUGACUGCAUGUAGUUUAUGCACUGUAAUGUUUAUCCUAAGGCUGUGCUUUAUUUACAGAGACUUUUUUUAUAUGAACAUUUGUUAAUAUUCCAAGCUUCUUUUUCGGAUUGUCCGAUGGUACUCAUAAAGCAUGUGUUCUCAUUGGUCCGUGGUACAAAUACAAGAUGAAAAUGAUCUGUAUCAAAGCACGUUUAUCCGUCCACCUGCUGUAUUGUUUUGCACUGCCGUGCCAGUUGUUUGUGCAAAAUGUUAGGGGCAAUAUUUAAUUCAGACAAUGUGUAAUUAUGACCUGAAUAAAUCACCAAUUAAUAUUA